AUGGCCAGUGCAGCGGCAGCAGUCAGACUGACUGUUGCUGCUGCAGGAUUUGCAGGCCGUUAUGCUUUGCAAGCCUUGAAACACAAUAUGGAACCUCAAGUAAAACAAGUUUUUCAAAGUCUACCAAAUUCUGCCUUCAGUGAUGGCUAUUACAGAGGUGGGUUUGAAUCCAAAAUAACAAAACAAGCAGCAGCAUUAAUACUAGGUGUAAGCCCUACUGCCAAUAAAGGAAAAAUAAGAGAUGCUCAUCAACAAAUUAUGCUUUUAAAUCACCCAGACAAGGAAGGAUCUCCUUAUAUAGCAGCCAAAAUCAAUGAAAGCUAAAGAUUUACUAGAAGGUCGAGCUAAAAAAUGAAGUAAACGUGAUGAAUUUUAAGUUCUUGUUAGUUUAUGUAUACAAGUGCCAGCUUUUUAGAAUAAAAUGCCUCAAGCUACAAACUAAAAAAAAAAUGUUCAUCACCCCUAAAAAACUAUGUACCCAGUGGUAGUCACUUCCCACAACUCCACACCACCGCACUAGGCAAUUACUAAUCAAUCUACUUUCUGUUUCCAUGGAUUUGUCCAUUCUGGACAUCUGGCCUUUUUUUUUUUUUUUUUUUUAAUGUUUGUUUAUUUCUGAGAGAGAGUGCAAGAGCACAAGCUGGGGAGGGCAGAGAGGGACAGAGGAUCUGAAGUGAGCUCUGCACUGACAGCAGACAGCCUGAUGAGGGGCUCAAACUC